CGGGCUCGUCAAUACUCGAGGAGUCGGCAACAUGUGGAGGUGUGCAGUACUGCUGUCUGUCUGUUGUGUGGGACUAGUUGCGAGUCAGGGAUUACUCGACGGCUUUAAUCCUUUUAGAGUCCAUAUGGAUUGUGGACCAAACGAAACCUUCAACCCAUGUACUCAGAAUUGCGGGCCUGAACAAACCUGCGACACUCGAAAAAUACACACACUUUGUCCAGCUAUAGUGAUGCCUUGUGUUCCAAAAUGUGUAUGUAAACAGGGCCAUUAUAGGAAGACUGAAGGCGGUGAAUGUAUACCAGAAGAAGAGUGCGGACCAGCAUGUGGCGAAUACGAGGUGUACACGGAGUGCACAAACCCUUGUGUGAACGAUAGCUGCGAAGCAAUGGGGAGCCUGAAACCGAACUGCACCAGCCCGGUGCCUUGUAAACCAGGAUGUGUGUGUGCAGAAGGAGCCUAUAGACUCUAUGAAUAUUGGCCUUGCGUUCCUAAAUGUUAUUGCCAUGGCAUGGAAUAUUUACCUGAAUGUAGAAAAGAAGAAAGAUAAUAGCAAAUUUGCAAAUUUUAUUUCUGUAAUCGUUCUUGUAAAUAUUUUUUUUUAUUGGGCCAAGCCCGUGUGUUUCGUCGUGUGAG